AUGGCGGCGGUGCGGGCGGUCCGCGGGCUGGUGAACGGCGCCGGGCCCGGCGGGCCCCGGGAGCAGGUGGCAGCGCUGACCCGCGACUACCUGUCCCAGCCGCGCCUCACUUAUAGAACUGUGUCAGGUGUGAAUGGACCUCUGGUUAUCUUGGACCAAGUUAAGUUUCCUAGGUAUGCAGAGAUUGUCCACUUGACCCUUCCUGAUGGCACAAGAAGAAGUGGGCAGGUUCUGGAAGUCAGUGGCUCCAAAGCUGUGGUUCAGGUAUUUGAAGGGACUUCAGGUAUUGAUGCUAAGAAGACAUCUUGUGAGUUCACUGGGGAUAUUCUUCGAACCCCUGUCUCUGAGGACAUGCUUGGCAGAGUAUUUAAUGGCUCAGGAAAGCCUAUAGACAGAGGCCCCAUUGUUUUGGCUGAAGAUUUCCUUGACAUCAUGGGCCAGCCAAUCAACCCCCAGUGUCGUAUCUACCCAGAAGAGAUGAUCCAGACUGGCAUUUCUGCUAUUGAUGGCAUGAACAGUAUUGCCAGGGGACAAAAGAUCCCCAUCUUCUCAGCUGCUGGCCUGCCCCACAAUGAGAUUGCAGCUCAGAUAUGUCGCCAAGCUGGCUUGGUGAAGAAAUCCAAGGAUGUGAUGGACUACAGUGAGGAAAACUUUGCCAUCGUGUUUGCUGCUAUGGGUGUGAACAUGGAAACUGCUCGGUUCUUCAAAUCUGACUUUGAGGAGAAUGGCUCCAUGGACAAUGUGUGUCUGUUCCUGAACCUGGCCAACGACCCAACCAUUGAACGCAUCAUCACCCCUCGCCUGGCUCUGACCACAGCUGAGUUCUUGGCAUAUCAGUGUGAGAAGCAUGUCCUGGUCAUCCUGACAGACAUGAGCUCCUAUGCUGAGGCCCUGCGAGAGGUUUCAGCAGCCAGGGAGGAAGUGCCUGGCCGCCGUGGUUUCCCAGGCUACAUGUACACCGACCUGGCCACCAUCUACGAGCGUGCUGGGCGUGUGGAAGGCAGGAAUGGUUCCAUCACCCAGAUCCCCAUUCUCACCAUGCCCAACGAUGAUAUUACUCAUCCUAUCCCUGACUUGACUGGAUACAUCACUGAGGGGCAGAUCUACGUGGACAGGCAGCUGCACAACAGGCAGGUUUAUCCACCUAUUAAUGUCUUACCCUCCUUGUCUCGACUGAUGAAGUCAGCUAUUGGAGAGGGCAUGACCAGGAAGGACCAUGCAGAUGUAUCCAACCAGCUGUAUGCCUGCUAUGCUAUUGGGAAGGAUGUGCAGGCCAUGAAGGCUGUGGUGGGGGAGGAAGCUCUCACCUCAGAUGAUCUGCUCUACCUGGAGUUCCUGCAGAAGUUUGAGAAGAACUUCAUUGCUCAGGGUCCCUACGAGAACCGCACCGUUUAUGAGACCUUGGACAUCGGCUGGCAGCUCCUCAGGAUCUUCCCCAAGGAGAUGCUGAAGAGAAUUCCUCAGACAACAUUGGCUGAGUUCUACCCUCGAGACUCAACUGCCAAGCACUAACCACAGCUUGCAUCUCUCAGCUCCCUUGCUCUGUGAAAAUGCUGUUUUUGGGGUUCCUUUCUCUCAUGUGUUGGUGUUUACUUGUCGCCUGUACAACCCAACCCCAGGGGAGGUGACACCUGUGCCAGUGUUCCAGCCUACACUGCUACCAGUCUUUAAAAUAUCCUUUCUUCCAAAGCCUGGUUUGGAUCUUCAGGAAAAAAAGAAAAACAACAUAUUUUAGGCCAGCUCUUACAAUGUGCAAUAGCUCUCACCAAGCUUCUUUGGUCAAGUUGGACUUCCUGUAGAUGUUUCGAGGCAGUGUCUUGAGUUACCACCACAAGUUGCAGCUCUUUACUUACACACCAGGAGGGGCAUGGUUUAGAAAACACAGAGCAAAAGUUGACUCCCUUUAUGUCCCCAGCAUCUGCUCAGUCCCACCACACAGAUGGCUCUGUGCCUGGAGAGCAUGUGUGGAAAGCCUCUGAAAAGUGCAAGUCACUGAUAUUUUGGUUUUGUUUGUUUCUUUUCAGCUGUGGCUUAAGAUCCUUCAGGGUGUUCAGGGCACUGCUUGGUGCUUCUCCACCAGCAGAGAGGUCACAGGCCAGGGGGUUGCCACCUGAAGGUAGCCACAAUCAGGCUUAAUGACUAAAUUGGAGGUUUUUAAUUGAGAGGAAGCUUCCUACUUAACCCUUUUUUUUGUUGUUUUCUCUCUGAACUCUGGCAAUGCCAGAGGCACAAACCAGCAGCUGAAGCAUCUUGAGAUCAGAGUGCCCCACUGGGCAAAAAACAAAACAAAUCAAUCUGUGGGUGGUUCAAGGCUUCGUGCUGCUACUGAAGGGGAUUAGGAGAGCUGUGACAAAGACUUUUUGAGGUGACACAGUCAUGCUGGUGGGAGGUGAGCUGCUGAAGCAUGUCUGGUACCAACUGAUGUGACAGGAGAAAGUGAGGUGCUGUGUGAGUGGAUAUUUUGAACUCUGCUAUAAAACCUGCUCCAGCUGGCACUGGCUCCAGAGUCCUGUUUGAAGCUGCUGUGCUUUUGCACUCCAGGCACAGAUUUGGCCAGCCAGGAGCACUCAGCAUUCCCAACCACCACAGAUCCUGGCUGGUCAAUCUGCUGUUGGUUUUCUCAGAUGGGUUCAGAUGAGGCUCCAAGCCCAGUGCUGGCAGGCUUGCUUGCUUCUUCCCAGGCUUAAUGUAGUCUAAGCUCUGGUCUGGCAAACCAAAGUGUGUUGCACCUCCCUCAACUCCCUCAGAGCUUGUCUAGGAAGGUGCUAACAUGACUUGGGUGCUGCUGAACUGAUUCCAGCUCUCCCUGAUGUCUCCUCUGUGCAGUUCUCUCUGUAGCUUGUUUGGUGUUGUCCCUAACUUGGACACAGCAGCAGCUUUAUCCCCAGUGCAUUCCAGCCUAAGGCUGUGUCAAGUCUCCUUUUGUCUUUUUUUUUUUUUUUCUCCUCUCUUGAGGUAGGGAUGGGAGGUGUGGAAGUGUUGGCAUGAAAAAUACUUUAAUGUAGAGAAUAAAUAAAUUAAAUA